UGUAACAGAAGUCACAAAAAUUGCCAAGUCAGUGUGGGAAUACAAUCAUUUUCUCUCUAAAAGGAAAAUGUCAGGUUUUUAGUGUGCCUUAAGCGCAUGAAGUAAGUACCACAGGAGCUUCGCAAAGUAGUCUAACUAAGUAAAAAACGGGUAACUUUAUAAGUUAUCAAAACUUACCAAAUUAUUCUGUAAAAGAACACAUGGUCAAUAAGUUUCGCUGUAGCGAUAUAGAGUUUAAUAUGCUGGAAUUAUCUCAUUGGAAUUAAUGUUGCAUCGAUCGUUGGUAUCGCAACUAAUGUUAUAGAUAUAUUAUAAAUGUUUAAAAUGAUAAUUGUAUAAUUGAAAAUAUCAUUAUUUCCCAAACAAUCAAAAGUAUUAAAGUUGAUUAUUUUAAUCAGAAAGUGACAGGUCCCCAAAUGAGAUCACGUGAUUUUAAAAAUGGAGAUGGCCGGCCACGCCCCCAAUAUAGCUGCGAUUUUGCACGGGAAGGAUGAUCUUAGAUUGGAACCAUACACAACAGUGGCACCAGGUGACAAUGAGGUUCUUCUUGAGAUGGGAUCAGUUGGUAUCUGUGGUUCAGACCUUAAGUAUUGGAAAUAUGGCAAGUGUGGCAGAUUUACAGUCACAGAUCCUAUGGUCAUUGGACACGAGGGGAGUGGAGUUGUUGCGAAGAUUGGAACGGGAGUAACAACAUUGAAACCUGGAGACAGGGUAGCAAUCGAACCAGGUGUACCCUGCCGUGUAUGUAAACUGUGCAAAACAGGACGCUACAAUAUAUGUCCUGAUGUUAAAUUCUGUGCCACUCCUCCAGUACAUGGGAAUCUUUGCAAAUAUUACACUCAUCCAGCAGACUUUUGCUUCAAGUUGCCUGAGAAUGUUAGCUUGGAUGCAGGAGCCUUGGUGGAGCCAUUGGCCGUAGCAGUGUAUGGGUGUGAGCGUGGAGGGGUGAAGGUGGGGACCAAUGUAUUGAUCUGUGGAGCUGGGCCUGUGGGAUUACUGUGCAUAAUGGUAGCCAGAGCAAUGGGAGCUAGUACCAUAGCUAUUACAGAUAUUGAUGACCACCGUCUCCAGACUGCAAAAGAUCUUGGCGCUGAUCAUGUGAUCAAAGUAUUGACCAAUGACUGUGAAGCAAUGGCAGAUGAGAUUGUCAAGGCGAUGGGUGAAUGCCCGGAUGUAGCUCUUGAAUGCAGUGGUGCUGACAGUAGUGUAGUAACUGGCAUACAUGCCUGUCAACCUGGAGGAAGUGUUGUCCUGAUUGGCCGAGGCUCAAUGAUGCCCCAGCUCCCUCUAGUGGCAGCAGCCAGCAAGGAGGUUGAUAUCAAGGGAGUUUUCAGAUAUGCUAAUUGCUACCCAAAGGCUAUAGACCUGCUGAGGAAUGGUAGCAUUAACGUGGACAAGUUGAUCACCCACCACUUUAAUCUAAAAGAUAGCACCAUGGCUUUUAAGACUGCUAUGGAUAGAGAUGCCAAAGCAAUCAAAGUUAUGAUACACUGUGACAAGUAA